GGAGGCAAGUUGCAGGCAGGGCUGAGGCAGUUUAGUACAGGGGGAGUAAAAGAAAAGAAAAGAAAAGAAAACAAAAGAAAAGAAAGGGGGACAAAAACGAGGCACGUCUUUAAACUGUAGAGAGAAAUGCGCACAUAGCUUUUUUAAAAAAAAAGGGUUCUCCUUUCUGGGCUCCUCCAUCCUCCACUAGUUUGCCUUUUCCUCCCCUUCUCUCCUCAGAGGGGGGGGCCAGAUUUGGUUUAGGCUAGGCUAGAGACAUGAGCUAAUUGUAUCCUGAUCUUUUUUGCCUUGAGGGGUUUCGAAGCCCUGGAGCGAGUCUCCCUCUCGGUUUUGUUCCGUCUACCUCAGCCGAGCUAUUGCAUUUCUCUCUGGCGUGGCGCGGGAGGCAGAUCGAGGGCGAAAAAAAAGGAAAACAAGGAAAAAAGGAGCGGAGAAGGAAGAAGAGAAGAAGACGAGGCAACUUUUAUGUCCAUCCAUGUUUCAGGAUAACCGCUCAAGUAUGUCCAGGCCGAUGAUCACCAGGUCCCCAGCAUCUCCUCUCAGUAAUCAGGGCAUCCCCACCCCGGCCCAGCUCACCAAGUCCAACGCUCCAGUGCACAUCGAUGUGGGCGGACACAUGUACACCAGCAGCCUAGCCACGCUAACCAAGUACCCAGAGUCCAGAAUUGGCCGUCUGUUUGAUGGCACGGAGCCCAUUGUUUUGGACAGCCUGAAGCAACACUACUUCAUCGACAGGGACGGUCACAUGUUCCGCUACAUCCUCAACUUCCUCAGGACGUCCAAGCUCCUCAUCCCUGACGACUUCAAAGACUACAGUCUGCUGUAUGAAGAAGCGAGGUAUUUUCAGCUGCAGCCACUGCUGGCCGAGCUGGAACGCUGGCGGCACGAGCGCGAGCUUAACCGGCUCUCGCGACCGUGCGAGUGCGUGGUGGUUCGCGUGGCUCCGGACCUGGGCGAGCGGAUCACACUGAGUGGAGACAAGGCCCUGAUCGAAGAUGUCUUCCCCGAGAUCGGAGACGUCAUGUGUAACUCAGUGAACGCCGGCUGGAACCACGACUCCACACACGUCAUCCGCUUCCCCCUCAACGGCUACUGCCACCUCAACUCCGUACAGGUUCUGGAGCGGCUGCAGCAGCGCGGCUUUGAGAUCGUGGGCUCGUGUGGAGGAGGUGUGGACUCGUCUCAGUUCAGCGAGUACGUCCUGCGGCGCGAGCUCCGGCGGGCCCAGCGCGGACUCCAGAGUAACAGGAUAAAACAGGAGCAGCUGGACUAGAGACCUAACAGGGCCAAAAACUGCCCCACAGGCCUACAGAACAAAAAAUAGCCCCAAAGGGCCCCAGAAGGCACCAGACAUUUUAGCAGUUGCCAAGCUCUCCACAAAGGUCGGACACUUAUCAGUCUUGAUUUUUUUUUUAAAACAAGGGGAAACCGGAGGAAGCAAGCUUUUGAGGUUUGUUAAUCCUGGAAGAAGAUUCAGCGUGUUCCACAGCCCCUAGUGACCUCUGGGGCGACUGUGACUGUCCACUUGAGGACUUUGUUGAAAGCAUUGUCCCUUAUCCGCAUUAAGUUUGUUUUAAAACUUUGAAAUUUCAGCAGGUGAAACACGACAAACAUUAAGACAACCUUAAAGAAAGUGUGUUCUGUUUGCAGUGCUAUAUACAGUAUAUAUAAAUAUGUAUAUAUUUUGCUAUUUCAUAUAAAACUGACUCAUGGAUAUUCUUCCUUACCCCUUAAAAAAAAUGGUGCCGACAUCAUGGGUGGUAUUUCCUGAUAUCUGAUACUGAUUGGUUGACUAUAAGGUCAUAUUACAAUAAGGUGACAAACUUUCCUUUUAAAUCUGCACACUUUUUUUUCUCUCAUAGCAGAUGAAUU